UACCCCCUUAGCAAGUCACCUUCCGAGUAAAAUCACUCAAAUAGGUUCCAGUCCGAACAAAAUUACGUAUCAGGACUAUUGAGAUGAUACAACUGCUUCGCACAGAAUAAUUCUAUGCUACGUCGCAGUCUCAUCGCUGGACUCACAUCUCACGUCCCUCCGGUACGCGCCCAAGUCCGACCCGCUUUCAUUUUCCCUGAAACAAAUCUCUUACCUCUCCAAAUCUGUCUCAUCUUCUCCACUUCUGAUAUAAAAGAAGGCAGUUGUAGAGAUCGUUGAUUGAGCGGGUUUGAGGCAUUUGUUUUGCUUGUAGGAUGGACACAGUGUCGUUACGGGUUCCGUACAGGAACCUGAAAAAGGACGUGGAGGUGGAAAUGGUGGGUGUUGAAGAACAGCAUCACUAUCCGAUCCAAUUGGAUAAUUCUCCUUCUUCUUCUGCAUCUUCGCUGAAUUAUACUUCGCAGAUCCCUAAUAGUGACUCCAGUUUCUCGGUUAGAUCUAAAGCGACCAAACAUUAUAGCUUGAUCACUCUCAUUCUCAGCUGUACGGUGGCCGCCGGCGUUCAAUUUGGUUGGGCCUUGCAGCUCUCUCUUCUUACUCCUUAUAUACAGACUCUUGGCAUUGAACAUGCCUUUUCAUCAUUUAUUUGGCUUUGUGGCCCUAUAACAGGUCUUGUGGUUCAACCUUGUGUUGGUAUUUGGAGUGAUAAGUGCACUUCAAAAUUUGGAAGGAGACGACCAUUUAUUCUUGCUGGAUCUCUAAUGAUCUCAGUUUCUGUGAUAAUAAUCGGAUUUUCUGCAGACAUUGGAUAUAUAUUAGGGGAUACAAAGGAGCACUGCAGUACAUUCAAAGGCACUCGAACGAGGGCAGCGUUUGUUUUUGUUAUUGGGUUCUGGUUGCUAGAUCUUGCUAACAAUACAGUGCAGGGACCAGCACGUGCUCUUCUGGCUGAUUUAUCAGGUCCUGAUCAACGCAAUUGUGCAAAUGCUGUAUUUUGUUCAUGGAUGGCUGUUGGAAAUAUUUUAGGGUUUUCUGCAGGUGCUAGUGGGAGUUGGAACAGGUGGUUUCCUUUCUUGAUGAGUAGAGCUUGUUGUGAAGCAUGUGGAAAUCUGAAAGCAGCAUUUCUUGUUGCAGUAGUAUUCCUGACUCUGUGCACUCUUGUCACACUAUAUUUUGCAAGGGAGGUUCCACUUAUUACAAGUGAGUCCCACCGCUUGUCAGAUUCAGCUCCAUUGUUGGAUGAUACUCAACAAAAUGGCCUUGAGCUUUCAAAAUCUAAGUCCGAUAAUUCUAAUGGGAACAUCAACAAAGGCAUUGAACAGAAUGUGAAUCCAAAGCAUGGCAUUGCUAAUGCCAACUCCAUAGAGGAUCAAAACGAAAGUUUAGGUGAUGGACCUGGAGCUGUAUUGGUUAAUUUGUUGACAAGUUUAAGGCAUUUACCCCCUGGAAUGCAUUCUGUGCUUGUUGUUAUGGCUCUCACCUGGUUAUCCUGGUUCCCUUUCUUUCUGUUUGAUACUGAUUGGAUGGGAAGAGAAGUUUAUCAUGGAGAUCCAAAAGGAAAUUCUGAUGAAGCGAAGUUCUACGAUCAAGGUGUCAGAGAAGGUGCAUUUGGGUUGUUAUUGAAUUCAGUUGUUCUUGGCAUUAGUUCCUUCUUAAUUGAACCACUGUGUCAAAGGAUGGGGCCAAGACUUGUAUGGGCAAUGAGCAAUUAUAUUGUAUUUGCCUCCAUGACAGUCACUGCUAUUAUUAGCUUGAUAUCUAUCAGUGAAUAUUCUGGAGGAAUUGAACAUGUAAUUGGAGCCAGUGCAUCAAUCAGGAUUGCUGCCUUGAUUGUAUUUGCUCUUCUUGGCUUUCCUCUUGCUAUUACCUAUAGUGUUCCAUUUUCAGUCACAGCAGAGUUGACUGCUGAUUCAGGCGGUGGCCAAGGUUUGGCAAUAGGAGUUCUGAAUCUAGCGAUAGUUGUUCCACAGAUGAUUAUAUCCCUUGGUGCUGGUCCAUGGGAUGCACUGUUUGGUGGUGGUAAUAUACCUGCCUUUGCCCUGGCUUCUGUAUGUGCUCUUGCAGCUGGCAUCAUUGCCGCUCUGAAGCUACCGAAUCUUUCGAGCAGUUCUUUCAAGUCAUCUGGUUUUCAUUUUGGCUAACAACAGAAACACUAACUGAGUUUACACCGAACCUGCGUAUGAUCCUGAGGCACAAGUGAUGCUCAUUCAUCCACUUUCAGAGAGAUGGUUCUUUCAUCAUGCGUACGUAUAAUUUUCAUAUUAAAAGGACUAUGAAAUACAUAUUCUAAUUCAUUCAUUUUUUCCCACAUUGUGGGUGUAUUUUAUGGUGUAAAUUGCCAUUUGAGUUGAAAAGCCUAUACAUGCAUAGGAAGGUAAGGGCUUGUCAUAGUUGUAGUUUAGAAUUCCAAUCGCCAUGUAUUUGAGGCCUGCCUCUUUUUGUUUUCAAAAUCAAUUCUAGAGAUAUAAUGGUCUAAUACUCAUGCAAUUAUUAGAAAAGUAAGAUGGAGUUGUUAAAUUAAGACUUGUAUCUUGUUCUUUAGUUGCUGUUUUCUAAUCUCUUAAUCGGUCCACUACAUCUUCCCAGUUUCCUUGUUUGUCCAGUCCCAGUAAAAAACCCCUAUCAAUAAUGUGUUAAAUAAUAUUGUUUUGUUACCUCAGCUUGCAAGCCAUUGGUUGCAAUUGUAGCUUAUUAGGCAUAGGUUAUCACUUGAGGUGGUGUGGUACACCGUGCAUAGCUUUUUCUGGGCCUGGCUGAAUGCAAUGCAUGGGUGAAACAGUGGAUAAUUCCAACUGAUUCUGUAUGCCACGGCGAUGCUGUCUCCAUGACUGGAAAUGCGGUGAGCUAGAUCCUUACUUGGGAAGUUUGAUGGACGCAUAUGUUAUUAUCUAGUUUUGUCCAGAAUUUGUCAAUCUUGAUAGUCUCACCUAAAUGAUUUAGGUUCAAGACUUCUAGCUACUCCUAUUUAUCAAGUUUUGCUUCAUGUUUUUUAUAAUAUUCUACGCGUGCUUUUCUUUUUCU